AUGCCUAGCAGCAAGUAUAUCCUCAUCACCAUGUUGCCGCAAGCACUUCUUCUGGUGACCCUUUUGAACAUUAAUGUUGCAUCAGCGUCCAAUAUCAUCAAAACCCUACCCGGCUUUCGCGGUGACCUCCCCUUCAAGCUUGAAACUGGGUACGUGGGAGUGGGCGGCAUGGAUGAUGUCCAGCUGUUUUAUUACUUCUUUGAGUCUGAAGGGAGUCCAGAGUAUGAUCCUCUUGUGCUUUGGCUCACUGGAGGUCCUGGUUGUUCUGCCUUCUCUGCCUUUGUAUAUGAAAAUUUAGGUUCUUAUGACAUUGAGAAGAACAAUAUCCCAAACUUUCAGGUUGCCAACAUAAUAUUUUUAGACGCACCGGUGGGCACAGGGUUCUCCUAUGCAAAAAAUUGGGAAGGAUAUAGCAAUCUCAAUGACACAUUGUCAGCUGCACAAACAUAUGAAUUUCUUAGAAAGUGGCUUAUGGAUCAUCCCAAGUUCUACAGUAAUCCGCUUUAUAUUGCUGGAGAUUCUUAUUCAGGCAUAACUGUUCCUAUGCUCGUUCAGGAAAUAUCAGAUGGUAAUCAAGAUGAACAUGUGCCACCAAUGAAUCUCAAAGGAUAUGUGCUUGGCAAUCCAGGGACAGAUGAAAAAAAAGAUAAUAAUUACAAAGUGUUAUUUGCUUACCUAAAAGCACUUAUAUCAGAUGAACUAUACCAGUCAAUGAAAAAAAACUGCAAGGGAGAGUAUAUCAAUGUGGAUCUAAACAACACGUUAUGUUUGGAGGAUCUUCAACUUUACAACGAGUGUAUCGAAGACAUAUGGAGUGUACAGAUAUUGGAACCUUCAUGUACAUUAGUAGCAUCGCCAAAAUCAGCAAGGUCAAAGUGGAACGUAAACUAUUUUAGCGAUAAGGACUCCGUAAAUCUCCUCCUUUCCUUUCCUCAACUUCCUAGGCCAUGGUGUCGGAGUUACAAUUAUCUGUUCUCUUAUAUUUGGGCAAAUGACAAAACUGUCCAAGAUGCUCUUCAUAUUCAGGAGGGAAGCAUUAAGGAAUGGUUGAGAUGCAAUCAUACCUUACGAGAUUCAUAUAUAUCUGAUGUUUCCUCCAGUCUUGUCUAUCAUAAGAAUCUCAUAAAACAAGGCUAUAGAGUUCUGAUUUACAGCGGUGAUCAUGACAUGUUAGUUCCAUAUGUGGCUACUAUGGCUUGGAUAGAAUCUCUGAACUUGACUGUUGACAGUCGUUGGAAGCCAUGGUUCGUGGACGGGCAGGUUGCAGGAUACAGAGUGCAGUACUCAGAUAAAAAGUACCAGUUGACAUAUACAACUAUAAAGGGAGCGGGUCACACAGCUCCAGAGUACAAGCCUGAAGAAUGUCAUGCUAUGAUUAGUCGGUGGUUCGCAUACUACCCUCUCAGCAAGUACACCAUCACCACCAUGUUGCCACAAGCACUUCUUCUGGUGACCCUUUUGAACAUUAAUGUUGCAUCAUCAUCAUCCAAUAUCAUCAAAACCCUACCCGGCUUUCGUGGUGACCUCCCCUUUAAGCUUGAAACUGGGUACGUGAGAGUGGGCAGCAUGGAUGAUGUGCAGCUGUUUUAUUACUUCUUUGAGUCUGAAGGGAGUCCAGAGUAUGAUCCUCUUGUGCUUUGGCUCACUGGAGGUCCUGGUUGUUCUGCCUUCUCUGCCCUUGUAUAUGAAAAUUUAGGUCCAUUAUCCUUUGACUCUGCACAUUCCAUUGGUAACAAGCCAAAAUUAAAGUUGAAUCCAUAUUCAUGGACAAAGGUUGCCAACAUAAUAUUUUUAGACGCACCUGUGGGCACAGGAUUCUCAUAUACAAAAAACUGGGAAGGAUAUACCAAUCUCAAUGACACAAUAUCAGCUGCACAAACAUAUGAAUUUCUUAGAAAGUGGCUUAUGGAUCAUUCCAAGUUCUACAACAAUCCACUUUAUAUUGCCGGAGAUUCUUAUUCAGGCAUAAUUGUUCCUAUGCUCGUUCAGGAAAUAUCAGAUGGUAAUCAAGAUGAACAUGCGCCACCAAUGAAUCUCAAAGGAUAUGUGCUUGGCAAUCCACAGACAGAUUCUGAAAAGGAUAAGAAUUCUAGAGUUCUAUUUGCUUACCUGAAAGCACUUAUAUCAGACGAACUAUACCAGUCAAUGAAAAUAAACUGCAAGGGAGAUUAUAUCAAUGUGGAUCUAAACAACACGUUAUGUGUGGAUGAUCUUGAACUUUACAACGAGUGUAUCGAAGACGUAAAUGAUGUACAUAUAUUGGAACCUGUAUGUACUGUCCAUUCGCCAAAACCAGCGCAGUCAAAGAGGUAUGCAGAUGAUCACACCAAUAGAGACUCUGUAAAUCUCCUCCUUUCUUUUCCUCAACUUCGUAGGCCAUGGUGUCGGAGUUACGCAUAUCUCCUCUCUUAUGUUUGGGCAAAUGACAAAACUGUCCAAGAAGCUCUUCAUAUUCAGGAGGGAAGCAUUAAGGAAUGGGAGAGAUGCAAUAAGACCUUACAAGAAUUCUAUAUAUCUGAUGUUUCCUCUAGUCUUGUCUAUCAUGAGAACCUCAUAAAACAAGGCUAUAGAGUUUUGGUUUACAGUGGUGAUCAUGACAUGAAUAUUCCAUAUGUGGGUACUAUGGGUUGGAUAGAAUCUCUGAACUUGACUGUCGACAGUCGUUGGAAGCCUUGGUUCGUUGACGGACAGGUUGCAGGAUACAGAGUGCAGUACACAUACAAAAAGUACCAGUUGACAUAUGCAACUAUAAAGGGAGCGGGUCACACAGCUCCAGAGUACAAACCUGAAGAAUGUUUGGCUAUGAUUAGUAGGUGGUUGGCAUAUAGUCAGUAA